AUGGACAGUCGCAACAUCGCCCCCGAUCAGGUUCUUCUCAAUCAUAUUUUCCCCGAUCAGCCCCAGGCCUCCAGCUCCAUCAUCCUUCAGAACUGGGACAAAUGUGUGUUCAAAGCGAGCUUUCCGGACUCCCCCGAACCCUGUCGCCCUCGUGUUGUUCGACUGGAGGUCAUACGCCAGGAUGAGAAGGCCACGCAGUUCAACAUCGUCUCGGCAAUGCAGCAAAUCGCCGCCGACGCCAUUCACGACCUCGUCCCAGCCACCUUCCAAAUCGGCGUCGCGAGCAACGGAGAGGGAAGACGACUACGCUUCUGCGUGAUGGACUUCGCCGAGGGAGUCACGUUGGAAGAGGUCUGGGACCAAAUGAACUGCGAAAACCAGCAGUCCGUCGUGGCUGCCUUGGUUGAGGCGUUGCGGAAGUUACAUUCUAUAAGGCUUUCCGACGAUCGAGUCCGUGACAUCCUACGGCGAGAAAUGGAUGAGCCAGAUGUAGAAGCUUUCCAAGAGGCCGUCAUGGGCGGGCCGAGUACGGGAUUCCUCCACGACGGGCUAGCCCUUCUUCGCGCCAUCACCCGGAGACUGGAACUAAAGAAGCCAUUUCACACAACAACGCCCAUCCCAGGUUCCGACGGCGGCGGCAUUGUUCUCCGGUCGCAUUUUGAUGAGCUCGGUUCCGUAGAGCUCCAGAGCGCCACCAUGGAGCAGUGGGGACGCGAAGCCGUGUUCUGCCACAACGAUCUCACCCCCCGCAACAUCAUCCUCCGGCCACGCAACGCCGACGACGGGACUCGGGCGCCCGAUUACGAGCUCUCCGCCAUCACUGACUGGGAGCUUUUCGGGUUCUACCCCGCCUCGUACGAGCUGAGCCUUCAGGAUACCUACCUCAGCGGCGGCAACCAUGGGGGGGACCUGGUGCCCGCCUCCGUGGCCCAAGUCUCCCUGCUGCAGGCCAUUGGAGUCCUGUCCGAGUCCCGGCAGCGAAGGCUGGCGGAGGGCUCCAAUAUCCCGGCGCACAUUCGCGAGAGAUUCAUGCAGAGGUUACACUUGCGCCGGCACGAGGAUCCUUAUAUCGGAUGGGUGCCAAAGAACCAGGGAGCGGCACCGCCUGAGUUCUCCCGUGCGGACGCCCAGAGACUGGAGGACGACGUGGUUGCCGAGAUGGUCGCGCAAGGGCAGUCGAAAGUAGCCCGAUGA